AUGAGGCAGUCGACGCCCGUUUGCUGGGCUGUCUGGGCUGGUCUCAUCUGGCUCACAUUGAUAUCGACCACUCUCUCACUACCCGAUAAUUCAAAUUCGGGCCCAGAUGUCAGCACCGACAUCUCCACAAUUCACGCCCGCGGUACCAAGCCAUUCAUGCUGCGUGUGCUACCUCUCGGCGCUUCCAUCACUCAAGGUUACAAGUCCGCAGAUGGCAACGGGUAUCGAAAAUGGCUCCGACAGCAACUCCGAUAUGCGGGAUGGGAGGUCGAUAUGAUCGGGAGUCGAAAAUCAGGCACCAUGCACGAUAACGACCACGAGGGCCAUAUCGGUUUUAGAAUUGACCAAGUGGCAAAGGUCGUCAAGAAUACUCUUGCACAAAAGCCCAAUUUGAUUCUGAUCAACGCCGGCACCAAUGAUGGCCUACAGAACUACAAAGUGGAUACUGCAGGAGAACGAAUGGACUCCCUGCUGACUGAGCUCUACGACGCAGUUCCUGAAACGACUAUCAUUCUCUCUACUCUCAUCCCUAAUGGCAAAAAGCCCGUGCCGAUCAGCGCGAUCAGCCACCAGUUUCGCGAACUGGUGGCCAAGCGACGCUCGCAAAACGACAGCAUUAUCCUCGCUGAGAUGAGCACAUUCAUCAAAUCAACCCAGCUCGUUGACAAAAUCCACCCAACAGCUACCGGGUACGAGGAAAUGGCGUCUGUCUGGUGGGCGGCCAUUCAAGAAGCCGAGAAAGAAGGAUUCCUCACAGCCCCGGCCUCAACUUCUACGAGUAAUGGCACAAUCAGCAAGGCUCGCGAAAAGGCACUUGACGACAGCACCGGUGACCCCAGCUUGCCUGCGUACACUGCUCCGGCUCAACCGACGGAAACAAGUGAUGGUUUGCGACUGGCUGGCCAGGUGAGCUGUCUACAUUGGAUUACUCAAAUGGUGCUGUUGAGCUUCGCAUUUGUGAUGCUCGUCUGA